ACUGACAUUCUUCUAGCAAUCGAGACCCUGGAUCCUCAUGAUCUAAUUCUUUUUGACAAGACGUACGAAGAGCGUCUACAUAUCAGAAAGAACUUGGUCAAAGAACACCCUCAGAAGAUUAUCGGCAUUACGAAUGGAGCCGACCCUCGCAUUAGAGCCGCAAUCAAAGAGUUGUAUCAUAUGUUGAUGGGGAACUAUCUUCCUCAACGAUAUCCGACAAUUUUUGAAAGCAAAGGUUCAUCUAUCCGAAAUACAGUCACGGGAGAAUCGUGGCCUACCAGUUUAACAGACUCAACGCCAGUUAGGCUGGCGCUCGAGAUUUUGCCAGUCAAUGUCGACGAAGACUUCUUUAUUCUUCUUCCCGAUAACCAGGCAGAUAACAAGAGAACCGCCGGCGAUGAGGACGAAACCACCUACAUAUUAGAAGCAUACAGCGCAUGUUUUCCCUCAGGCUUCGAACCUCAACACAAGCUAGGCAAACGACUAGCAUCAAUUCACGACCCCGUACCUGGAUACAAGGAGAGACUCGAAAAGAGCAUGGAUCGCUUUUUCCGAACUCUACCACCGGGAAAAUACGUCAGGAGAGUGAACUGGGCCGUUACUGUUGACGAGGAGUUGUAUUCCAAUUUUGACAAAAGCGGAAAUGCCAUGACGGAGAAGUUUAAGCAGCUUGGUGUCGACGACCUCGACUUGGACAAGACCUUCCUCCGCUGUGAGCGACAAACUCUUCAUCGGUUGCCGCAGUCGAACGCAAUUGUCUUUGCUUUCCACACGUAUUUAUACCCGCUGGAACAGGUUAAGGCGGAGGGUCUAGGCGAGGAGCUGGCGACUGCCAUUGAUGGCCUGACACGGGGGAACACACCUGACAUAUUUUUGUAUAAGAAUGGGCCCAAAUGGGCGGAGGCUGUGAAGCAAUACUUGAGAAGCUGA